AUGUCCGACAACUCAGAACUUAUCAAAGGGGUAAUUGACCUUGACCCCUGGUUAAAGCCAUUCUCACAACAAUUGAUCAAACGACAAUUGCAAUUCCGUGAAUGGGACGAGAAAUUGGAAAAAAGCGAAGGCUCUCUACUUAAAUUUGCUGACGCCUACCACAGAUACGGAUUAAACCCAACUAACCACGGCAAUGGCGGUGCUGAGAUCAUUGAGUAUAUCCCCGACGUUGAUGAAGUAAGUCUUGUUGGAGAAUUCAACAAUUGGGACAAGACAAGCCACAAGUUGCAAAAACUAAACGACUUUGGACUUUGGGGAUUAAAAAUUGACGGCAAAGAUACAAUUCCCCACGACUCGCCUUACAAGAUUGCCAUGAAACUUGGCAAAACCGGAGAAUGGAUAUACAGAUUAGACCCAUGGGUAAAACGCGCUACUUACAACAAGUCAAACAAUUUGUACGAAGGUAGGUUCUGGAACCCUCCACCAAAUGAAGUAUACCAUUUAAAAAACAAACGCCCAAAACAAACCCAAGGAAUAAAAGUCUAUGAAGCCCACGUUGGUAUCUCGACUCCCGAACCCAAGAUUGGUACAUACAAAAACUUUACCACCAAUAUCUUACCAAAAAUUAAAGAGUUGGGAUACAAUACAAUCCAAUUAAUGGCAGUUAUGGAACACGCAUACUAUGCUUCGUUUGGAUACCAAAUCACCAGCUUUUUUGCAAUUAGCUCACGCUACGGAACACCCGAAGAAUUAAAAGAGUUGAUUGACACUGCACACGGAUACGGAAUCCGUGUCUUGCUCGACGUUGUCCACUCGCAUUCAUCAAAGAAUGUCGAAGAUGGUCUCAAUAUGUUCAAUGGCACCGACCAUUACCUAUUCCAUGGCGGCACUAAAGGACAACACGAGUUGUGGGAUUCAAGAUUAUUCAACUAUACCAAUUACGAAACAUUGCGCUUCCUCUUGUCCAACUUGAAAUUCUAUAUCGACGUUUAUGGAUUUGACGGCUUUAGAUUUGAUGGUGUCACAUCAAUGCUCUACAAACACCAUGGCCUCAGUUUUGGAUUUAGCGGCGAUUACAAUGAGUAUUUCAACGAAGAUUGGGUCGACAAUGAAGCAAUAGUUUACCUCAUGCUCGCCCAUAAAUUAAUGGACGACAUUAGCAAAAAAGAAGGUAUUGAAAUCACAUCCAUCGCCGAGGAUGUGCUGGGAAUGCCCACCUUGUGUCGCCCCAUCAGCGAGGGUGGUAUUGGGUUUGACUAUAGACUUUCAAUGGCUAUCCCAGAUAUGUGGAUCAAGAUUCUUAAACAUUUGCAAGAUGAACAAUGGGACUUGGGUAAUAUUGUCCACACAUUAACCAAUCGUCGUCAUGGCGAAAAGUGUAUCGCAUAUUGUGAAUCGCAUGACCAAGCACUUGUUGGUGACAAGACCUUGGCAUUUUGGUUGAUGGAUAAAGAAAUGUAUACCAACAUGUCCAAGCUUAGUGAACUUACCCCCGUGGUAGACAGAGGCUUGGCCCUACACAAAAUGAUUAGACUCAUCACCUUUGCAUUGGGUGGUGAGGGGUACCUCAAUUUCGAAGGUAACGAGUUUGGCCAUCCAGAAUGGCUCGAUUUCCCACGUGCCGGUAACGGGGAAUCGUAUCAUUACGCAAGAAGACAAUUCAACCUUAUUGAGGAUGACUUGCUUCGUUACAAAUUUUUAUACGAUUUCGAUGCAGCAAUGCAACAUCUCGAUGUGCUUGACUCGCCUCAAGCAUAUAUCUCACUCAAGAAUGAGUCAGAUAAAGUUGUUGUAUUUGAAAGAAACGAACUCUUGUUUAUCUUUAAUUUCAACGCAACCCAGUCAUUCCCAGACUACAAAGUCGGUGUUGAUAUUCCUGGUACUUAUGAGAUUAUACUCAACUCGGAUGAUGCUAAAUUUGGUGGCCAUGCAAGAAUUGAGGAUGUAGAUGCACAGGGCAAAAAGCAACAAUUUUUCACAAAUGAUGAUGGAUGGAACCAUAGACGCAACUCAUUGAUGGUGUAUAUUCCAUCAAGAACUGCAUUGGUGUUGCAAAGAGUUAAAUAA